AACACCAUUAUUUUUGUCCUUGUUCUUGUUGCCAAAAACGCUCACUAAAAUUUUGGAAAAAUCCUCCAUUGAAUACUCACAAUUAGCUUCAGUUUUAAGUUUGAAAAUUGUUUCAUUAAAUAAGCUGGAGUUUUAUUGCGUUGCUACAUUUAAUUUCGACUUCGCUUAAAGAUCAUUGUAGAUUAUUGUUUUCAUCGUAAGCACCAGCAAUGGAAGAUAAUUCUUCGAGCGAUGACGAAAUUCCUUCCUCUUCCACUGGACCUAAAUCCGGAGGAAAAAAACUAAAACUUAACGAUGGAAGUUCGCAAGAUAGUGUCAAGGAGACUGUUGUGUCGGAGAGCAAAGAUGAGAAUGUGGACAGUGGAGUUUCCGCGGAUAAGUCAGAAAGCACUAGUAGCGACGACCGUGCUGAGCGUGCUGAGGGUGCUCAGGCACCAGUACAAGGUCCAUCAAACGAGGAGGUGAUCGUGGCGCCUUCCAGCAGUAAUGUCCGUGCGAUCCUACUGAACAUCAAACGUCCCAAGUGGAGCAGAAACUACAGGAAACGCAAGACGCCUGGCAGAGAUUCGGACAGUGACUCUUCAAGGGACUCUGAUGAUUUAUCUGUGGAUGAGACUACUCCUUCAGGAGCUAAUGAUACCUCUAACACCAACACAAACUCUGAAACAGAGAGUGAACAUGAUAUAAGGAGGUUGGCUGACUUCCUUACUCCUGAGUCUGAUAUGAGUUGUCACAGUAAUAGUGCUUCAUCAAGUUCUUCAGAUACUCCUGGGAGCUUUGGUUCAGACAAUAUUUUGGGGAUUCCGUCUGGAGACUCGGAUACUGAUGAUGAGACUCCUGCUAAUCGGAAUUUGGAUAAUGAGGGCACUGAAGAGAGUGAGGCCACAAUACCUCCUGUGUUACUCAAGCCCAGACCUAAACACAGCUAUUUGCUACUUAGAGAAAUCAUGAACCGGGAGAUGGGGCUGACAUUUCCCUGCGGCAAGACCGCGCAAGACCACGCCGUGUUCGAGAGCAGGUUCUACGGAUCCCUACACGCGGUAUACAGACUGAAAAAGCUACACAAUCUCAAUAAACACAGGGGCUGUGUUAAUUCCAUUAAUUUCCACCCUGAAGGUCAACUCCUAGCUUCAGGUUCAGAUGAUACAAAUGUCGUGUUAUGGGAUUGGGCUCGUAACAAACCCUUGUCUACAAUCAAAACGGGGCACAAAUCCAAUGUGUUCCAAAGCAAGUUCCUAUUUCUUAACGCCAAGAGUCAAGUGAAUAUUGUCACAUGUGCUAGAGACGGCCAGGUUCGGCUCCUCCAAUCACACCCGAGCGGCGGCGCCAACGCAGCGCGUCGCAAGUUAUGCUCGCACUCCCGCGCCGCGCACAAGCUGCACGUGUCUGCGUACGAGCCGCACAUCGUUAUAUCCGCGGGCGAGGACGGACUUGUAAUGCAGUGCGACGUCAGGGCUGAGCACCCUUCCAGGUUAUUCCAAGUGAAGGAUCGUUCGGUGGUGAUACCGCUAUACAGUGUAUGCGGGCACCCGAUAGAGACUCGGGACCUUAUAGUGGCUGGCAGGGACAAGUAUGUGAGGCUCUACGACCGACGGAAGUCCAACAAACCUCUCGCCUUCUACUGCCCGGCUUCGUUUAGCGAGAACUCACGUUCGCCGGGAAGCCAGCAGACUAGCCAGCAGGAUAACCUGGUGGUAAGCAAUCAACGUCGCCGUUGGAUACCCGCCACUCUUGAACAGAUACAAGGCACGGUGAGAAGAAAAGUUCGGUUGUCUAUGAUGCAUCUCACCUGCGCGGUGUAUAACCACAACGGCACUGAAAUUCUCGGCUCCUAUAACGAUGAGGAUAUUUACCUGUUUGAUGUUAAAAAGGACGUGUUUGACAAAACCAACACGAGUGAACGUGAAACGGUGGGCUACACACACCGGUACAGUGGUCACCGCAACAGUGCCACGUUCAAAGGAGUCUCAUUCUACGGGCCGAGGAGCGAGUACGUGGUGUCUGGGUCUGAUUGCUCCUACAUCUAUAUUUGGGACAAGAAGACUGAAUCCAUUGUGCAGUGGUUAGUUGGUGAUCUCAGUGGAGUUGUUAAUUGCGUAGAAUCCCACCCGAAAUGUCCAGUGCUGGCGACUAGCGGGCUCGACAAAGAUGUUAAGAUUUGGAUGCCUAAGAGUCAAUACGAUCCGACAUAUGAUGGCAUAGAAAAAGUAGUACGCGAGAACAGCAUGACUCAGCAAAGAAGCCCGCUAUUUAGUGAUUUUUUACCUACACUAUAUAGUGCGUGGAGAGGAGAGAACAGACUGUUUUCCGACGACGACAGCCAACCUUCGGGCAACAUAGAGUUUGAUGGCAACGUCUGCACCACCUUCUAAAGACUCAGCGACUAUCGUUACGAAUAGAUUUAAACGCAGCUAAUUUAUCAGAGAUUUUUGUUGUUAUUGUUUUGUUAAAUUUCAUUAUGUUGGUUACCGCUGUACAAAGACAUUUAAUGCUUACUUAAUACUUAGCAAUCGUUUUCGAUAUAAAAUUCGUUACUAAGGAUUAGUUUAAGUAAUCAUUAAAUGACUAAGUACGGCAGUUAGUAACGUAAGUUUAUGAUGUCCAGGUGGAGGUAACAAACUAAAGUCCAAAUACUCAAACGCUACUCAAUUUUAAGACGCUCUCAAUAAUAUAUCUGUCGCUACAAACACUUGAGAAAAUGACAGAGAUGGCACGAUAUUUAAGUAUAACUUUAAAUUGAAUAGCAUUUCGGUAUUGGGGCGUAUAUGUUUGUAUGAGAAUACGCUCUACUAUUUAUAUUACUGUAAUAGUACUUAGGAAGCCAUGUGUCUAGUUGAUAUAAGAUUGCGUUGUUUAACUUAAUCAGUUUUGCAUUAUAUAAUUGAAAGUUUUUAAAACAUAUUUUGUUUUUUUUUGUACUUUUAUUGUGGAGUUUGAUGUUGUUCUUGUUGUGUGGACAAGUUGUAUUGCUGUAGAAUCGAUAUUUAUAAUUGAUUCGAUUAUCUGAUGUUCAUUGGUUUAAACGCUAAAUAAAUCUGUACUUAGCGUUUGCUAUGUCAAACAUGUUUGUGGAUGUUCUAUGUAACGUAAUAUCAAACAAAAUAAAUACAUUUCUCAAAUGAUUCUUAAGACUUAAGACCAAUUGUCCAGGCAAUCAAGUAACGAAUGUGAAAGCUCAAUAAUUUAUUGAUAUUUAUGGAUGGUCUCAGUCAGCAUUGUUUAUAUUGUAAAUAUUAACACGCUUGUAGGCAAUAAACACGUGACGUGUUUAACGUGACACCUGUUACUAUCAGUUGCAGGUUAUAUUGCGUCAUCAAGUGUUAAUAUCGUUAAGUACGAGUCUAGACGACACGCGAUGUCACCGCGUGGACUACCAAGUCUGUUCUCACCUUUAUUUUUUUACUUUAAAAAAAUCAUACACGCUGCAUUUAGAUCUAGACUUAACAAAAUUAUAUUAACUAGAAAUUAGUUCAUGUAACAUUAUUCAUCUACAUUUUAUUUAAUUUGUAAUUGUAAUGCCAAACAUAAACAUGUAAACAUUAGUUGUUUUGAAGUAACGAGACGCUUGUGGUUUUUGGUACACAAACCGCAAUGAUAAAGUGCUAUUUAUAAAUAUUAUCUUAAAUAUUUAAAGUAUCAUUGACCUAGUAGCAGUUAAAAUGGUUACCUACCGGAUUAUUCGCAUCCGGAUUUCGUAUUUACGAUACAUUACAAUCGUAUUUAUUAGACAGAUAUUGAAAUACAAGCAUUAAACAUUGGUUACACGGCUGAUUUUAAAGCGUUAUAUCUAACAGACAAAGCGCGGGAAUCUGUUUGAAUUUCGCUCCAAAAAAUGUUGCCAGUAACAAAAAUAAUAUUUGCAUACUGGCAAUGAUAUCCUCUACGAAUGAUUGCAUAAAGGUCAUGUGUAAUCUCUGCACGUAUUACGGGACGCUGCGCUGACGCAACUAUGACUGGCGUGUUAGUCAUGAUUUGUAUUUAAAAUAUCUAUUUACAAAUGACCUGUACUAUGUCUAGGUACUAGAUUUAGGCAGUGCUAGCCUGUUUACCGUUACGGACUUUAGACAUGCGUUGUAGGUAGAUUCAAGCUAAGUGAUAUAUGUAUCUAAAGGGGAAAUGUACUCACCCAUUAUAUGUCUAUGUAAUAGUUUCAAAAACAUCUUUUUUGUUGAUACAACCCGAAUCAAAUACCACGUGUUUGUUUAGAUACAAUUCUUCUGUUAUUAUUUUAAGACACUGAAGUUCUGAACAUGUAAAACUUUACAUUAUUUUUUUAUAUUAGAAAUAUUUAGAAUUACGCGAUAAAAUCAGGAAGAUACGAUACAGCAUCUAAAUUCAAAUUAAACUAAAACAAGCAAUUCAAGGAAAUAGUCAUUUUCCUCAUCAUAUCACCUAGUACUUACUGAACCAAAAGGAAGGAAAUUCGAUGUAAUGAUGUAACAGCAGGAAUGUAUAAAAUUUUGGCAAAAAACACACGCUUUUUGUCAGUAUGUUUGACAGUGAAAAUCUAGUAAUUUCUAUGAAUAAAUACAAAAACCACAAGUGUCGUUUUUUGGUAGAUUUGAAAUAUGUAAACGGUAAAAUAAUUUUUAUAUUAUAUUAUUAUGUAUAUGCCUGUGAUAUACUGAUUUGAUUCAUUAAUUAGAGGAUAUGUUGUUUGUAAUUAGUUUUGAAAAGACGUGCUAGUUAACAUAAAGGCGAGUGGAUUGAAAUAUUCAAAAUAACAAUGAAUAGAAAUGUAACAAUCAAAACUUAUCUUCAAAGUUUGAAGCAGAAAAUGAUACGCCGUGGUAUUUUUUUUUUACUGAAAAAGAAUAUUCUAGAUUACUCAGUUUGUAAAUCCAGCAAGUACCUAUGCUAGGAUGUAUCUGAUAUACCUAUAUUCUUCAUAAUUAUUUCCUAGGAAUGUGUAGACGGUUGCACUAGCAACACAACUCUCGCUUAUUUAACUCUAUACUCAAACCAUAUUGUAUCUUUCAUCUUUUUAGAAUAAAAUAAAUACAUAGAAUUCAUAGUUUCUAGCAGUAUACUAUUUUGUCUAUAUACCUAAGUCUUACAAUAAUAUUAUACCUACAGUUUGCAAAAAGUAAAAUGAUUUUACACUGAAUGGUAAACUUUAAAUACCAUGCGCUUUACUUAUACUAUUGUCAAAAUGUAUUGUUCAUUACGACAAUAGUUUUUGCAGUUUGGUAAUGAUUUCUCUUUGUGUACUUAUACCUCUACCAUAUCACAUACAAAUGUAUCAUGUUUAGAAAUUAUAUUAAAAUACUAAGAAAUUAAUGGUUUCGAAUCAAUUUGAAAGAGUUAAACUGACUUUAAAGGUAUUCCUUUAAGAAGUUUAACUCACCAAAAAUAUGCCUAAAACAUUUUACAGACUAAAACUGCACAUUUGCGUAGUUUUCAAGCAUUUUUCCUGCUAAUCUUUUUUCUUUUUAUGUAAAAAUAACAAUGUUUCAUUACGUUGUAUAUGUGUCAAUGUCAACUAAUAUUAUAUUUUAGACGUGGCGAGUUAAAUAAAGCGUUGAUUAAAACGAAAAUCAACUUACUUUUGUUAGUAGUAAGGUAUAAAAUUGUUGUUUGUUUACGAAUUAGGCUUGGAGAUAAUUGUAAAUACCUACACAUGGAACAACCGUUACGUCUGAAAUAUACUUAAAAACUUUUUCUUUACUUUAUUUGCCACCGCUCAUCUAGGUCAUAUGAUUCUAUUAUUUUAGUUGAGUGUAUUUUAUUUAUCGUUAGCUAUCGUCUCCCAAUGAGUGGAGUAAAAUGUAAGGUUUAGUCCCAAUGUGUAAAUAAAUGAUGAUUUUAAAAUAAUGUUUUUGAUUAUUUUCUCAUUAAUUGACAUCAGAUUAGUUCACGUAUAAAUUAAUUAACCGUACUAUGAUACUAUUUCAGUUUCGUUAAUGAAUGUCAAAAAAGCCUUAAUGUGUACCUAAUCAAUUUAAUCAGAAUUCCAAUAUGGCGGCUGUAUUACAUAGUGCCUCCACGGCAACGUGUUAAUUUUUUACAUUUGAAUAGGUAGGCGUAAUUUUUAUAAUCAUAAUAUGGUUAUAGCUUUUUUAAAGAAAUUAUUAUCCCGAAGUUUGUUUUUUAUAAAUAAUUGUGAUAAGGUAAUAUUUAUUUUAUUCGAAACGACUAUGUCGAAAGGAGUCUCAAAUUCAAAUAUAAAUGUUGAUGACUCCAUAAAGAAAUUAGAGCGCCUCUCUAACAACGUCAAUUUAGCAAUAUCUAAUCGUUUAAUAUAUUUGUUGCCGGAAAUUAUGCAAUAGGUAAUACUAAGAGUACCGUAAUAUACAACUCCAAUAUUUUAAUACAAUGAACUUUUUAUUUUCCCGCUUUCUUAGGGCAGAGUAAAGCGCCACUAGUGUUAAAAUUUGGAACUAACUCAAGCCGACGCGAUCUUAUUUUUAUACAUUUUUCUGGAUUAAAAUAAUCAGGCGCUAAAAUCACAUUGAAAAUAAGAUCCAAAUUAGUUUUAACACCGAUUUGAUUACAUAUUAGGUAGUUUAAUUGCAUAUUAACUAAAAUAUAAUUCAACAUUUUUGCCCACAUGCUAGUCAUUGCUUGUUAAUGGCGGACAUUUUCGACCAAUCAGCGUCGAGGCGUGCAGAAGCCCGCGCCAUCUUCGUUUUCAAACUCAUCUGGCCCCGCUUACUCACUCGCUCAGUCAGUCGCGCGUCGGAUUCGGGCAGCCGUACAACUUAACUUACUAAUUCUAGUAAUUAACACCAAAAUCAGAACAAUCAUGAGCACCAAUGAAAAUAACAGUGAAGUGGCCGUCGACAAGGUCGGUGAUGAGAAGAAGGGUGACGCCAAAAGUGACCUAAAAGGAGCCAAAAGGGCAGCAGAGGUGA